UUUAUAUCCUGUUUACACAAUUUAUGUGCCAGUAGGGGUCAGUCAAACGGAUAAGCUUCUAACACCAUGAUGUAUAAAUAUCUGGCUGUAUUUCUUUUGUGUUUCGUUUUAACAGAAACUAUGCAAAUUGAGGAAAAGCCCUGGGAAUGCCCUGAAAACGAACUAUACUUCAAAUGUCAAAAAGAAGUUUGCUGGAAACAAUGCCAGGAUUUAAAGAAACCUCCACCGUGCCCUUCCAUAGCGCCAGGAUGUUACGACCCAGCCUGCUUGUGUAAGGAGAACUAUCUCAGGAACGAGCUGGGUGUAUGUGUUCAUGAAGAUGAGUGCUUCUGGAGCACCCAAACAAUAUAUGAAAAUGCCAUUUCGACAUACGACAGGCUAAUUUGGAUACAUAUAAACCUUCUUGGUGUGAGAUAUCAAAAGUGAAAUUAAUUUGACAUGACAGCUAGAACAUUCCAUAUUUAAGAAAUGUUUGAUGGUUUGAGUUAAAUUUUGUCACCCGAAUUAUUUAAAAGUAAAGAAUUUUUUAGUUUAUUGGCCAAUACAGAACAAAGACAUAACAUUUUUUUCAGAUAAACUACGCCACGGGUCUAUUUUAGUACAGACAUUCGUUACAUGAAAUUUUUUUUUUCAGGAAAUAUCUUUUAAGGUGUAUUUUGAUUUUUGUGGAAUUUAUGAACAUUUUCGCAGCUCUUUGGGCUAUAAAUAUGGAUGCUUACUUAAAUAUACAGACACAGCUCGCAGUAAUCUAAGUUAAAAGGCCAGCAACCCACUUUUAUAUUUCCUAGUGUUACUCUUGCUAUACAACACUUGUACGAUAGAUUGUCUUACUAUUCACACAAGGAAGGCAUGUCAUAUAAAAUGCAGGAGCCUGCCAAUCAGACAUCACUAUCGUCAGUUCAUAAUUAAGCACAAAUGUUAACAUUUGUUUUUCGCCUAAGUUGCUUGUUACCUGUUCCAGCGAAUAUUUGAAUAGUUAUUUUGCAUUUAAUUCGAGUCUCCUGAAAAUCUCUAAUAACCUUUUUGUGGUAAAAAUUGUAUCAUCAUAUUUAUAUUAAACAACUUAAAAACUGUUUUUUUUUAAUUCUUGUUCCAGGAACAUCGAUCAAAAUGUCCAAUUUCUAAAUGAAACAUUAAAUUUCAAUUAUUUUACUCCGAUUACAUAUCUGGCUUAUCA